AGGUUGUCUGCAGCGGUUGAGGGGUGCAGCCUAGGCAGCCAGUCAGUAGGUGCUGUGUGCCUGCACAGCCAAUGAGGAGCUCGGUUUCCGCGGCGCCCCGCCCUUUUCCUUAAUACCGGUCUUGGGAACACCGACCUGGUCUCCGCGGGUUUUUCCUCCGCUGCGGCACCUUAGCCAUCUUUCCGCCGACAUGCCGUUCGUUGAGCUGGACACGAACUUGCCUGCUGGCCGCGUGCCCGCGGGGCUGGAGAAGAGGCUCUGCGCGGCCACCGCCGCCAUCCUGGCCAAACCCGAGGACCGCGUGAACGUGACCGUGCGUCCUGGCCUGGCCAUGGCGGUAAACGGCUCGGCCGAGCCUUGCGCACAGCUUCUUGUCUCCUCCAUCGGUGUGGUGGGCACAGCGGAGGAGAACCGCGGCCACAGCGCCCGCUUCUUCGAGUUCCUCACCAAGGAGCUGAAACUGGACCAGGACCGGAUAGUUAUCCGCUUUUUCCCCCUGGAGGCCUGGCAGAUUGGCAAGAAGGGGACGGUCAUGACCUUUUUGUGAUUGGCACGGAGGAUAUCCAGGGCAUCUGAGAGUUGGCCACCUCGUCCCGAGAGGCCUGCCUGGCAGAGUGAGGGCGUGGUGGAUUCCAGUUUCUGGUACCCCCACAUGCAGACAGGCCUGUGAUCUCACAGUCCUCUUCUUCCCCAUCCUCAUGCCAAAUAAAUGAAAAGAGCUUUGUCUUUCAAA